CCAAACCAGACCUGAUUGGUGACUCAGGGUUUAGGGGCGGAGCCUGAAGGGGGAACCAGGCUGGAGGAGGGCGGGACCCAGCCAAGGCCACGCCCCGCGGGCAGGGCGCUGACUGAGGCUGCGCAGUCACGGUGUUGUGACGCAGGCGGGGGGCGGGGCUUGGGCGGUGACGUGGCGGGGCCCCCGGGGCCGGGCCUGGCAGCCGUGGGAGAUCCGAGGGAGCUGUUAUCCACAGGAGGGGAGCCUUGUGGUUUGAAGAGAUGCCAAGGCCUGGAGAUUGUGGUCUUAUCCGACUGGCACUGAGCCACGUGCAGCCUAACAGGAGGUGACCUUGGCUCCCGGCCUGACUCACCUGAGCCUGGAUCCUACAUGUUGGCAAGAGCUGACCCUGAGCUGUGGCCCAGCCAAGCUGCUGUCCCCUCCCCUAGACCCUGAGCACCGGAUGGAGCUGAUCCUGAGGACCAGCCUGGCUAAGCUGACUCUGGAUCCUGCAUGCCAGCCAGAGUUGACCCUGAGAUUCAGCUUGAACAAGCCCACCCUGGAUCCCACACACCAGCCAGAGCUGUACUCGAGCAUCACCAAGCUAGUUGAGCUGCCCUUGGAUUCCAUACCUUGAGAGAUGAACCUCAGUCCUAGCCUAGCUGAGCUCCCCCUGGAUCCUGAACCCCAGGCCAAGGAGAUCGCAGGGCCCAACCUGGCGGAGUUGGUCCUGGAACCCGUGCACCACCGGCCUGAGCUCCUGGAUGCUUGUGUGGACCUCAUCAAUGACCAGUGGCCGCGAAGCCGGGCCUCCCGCCUCCACUCCCUGGGCCAGUCCUCCGAUGCCUUCCCCCUCUGCUUGAUGCUCCUGAGCCCCCAGCCCUCACCUGAAGCAGCCGCCACGGUGGUGGGCCACGCUCGCCUGUCACGAGUACUAGACCGGCCCGAGAGUCUCCUGGUGGAGACCGUGGUGGUAGCCCGCGCCCUGAGGGGCCGCGGCUUUGGCCGCCGGCUCAUGGAGGGCCUGGAGGCCUUUGCUCGUGCCCGAGGCUUCCACCGGCUGCACCUCACCACGCAUGACCAGAUGCACUUCUACGCACACCUGGGCUACAAGCUGGGCGAGCCCGUGCAGGGCUUGGUGUUCACCAGCCGACGGCUGCCCAGUACCCUACUCCGUGCCUUUCCUCAGCCCCCCUGUCCCCAGCCACCCUUGAGGACUCCCAGCCUGACUGCCAAACCUGCCCCACGAGGCCACCAGGGGCCCCCAUUACCACCCCCACCCCCACCUCCCCUGCCCCCGAUCCUGACCUCCUCCCCCCCACCCGCACCUCCACCUCCUCCGGGGCCCCUUCCACCAAGCCCCGUGGAGACCCGAUACCAAGAUCUGAAGGGAUGUCCCAUCUACUGGAUGGAGAAAGACAUCUGAGCGUUACCCAGGAUAAAGCACUGGCCUCCGGGUCACUGGACUGCCCAGGACAGUACCAGCUGCAGCCCUCUGGCUGCAGCUCAGCCUCAAGCCUCUGGGCGGGCAGCCUUAGCCGGGCAUCAUUUCCAGUGUUCACCUGCGGCCAGAGGUGGCUUCGUAGCCCGGCUCCGGGCCAUCAGUGUGGCUGAAUAAAGGCUUCCGUCGGGUGUGGCUGUGACAGUUUUAUUUGUUAACACCCUGGCGCUUACUUCUUAGGUCCUCAGUUGUGAAAGAAGACCCCA